GGGGGCAGGAUGCAAUAAGAAGGAAGUAGCAGCAAAAGGAAAGCUUGGUAAGGUGGUGUGGGUAGAAAAGAAAAAAACUUGACUUUUGUGGCGGGAGUAAUAAAUGCAACGGCUGAUUUAAAACCUAAAAAGGAAAGAAUUCGGUUUAUCGCGAUAGCAGCAGGAUGGGUGGAUACUUGUUUUAACAAGAAAGGGAUAAGAAGUGAAAGAAAAGGAGAAGUAGUAAUAUCAAGAGUUAUCUGGAUACACUGGUUUGAACAGUCAACUAAAAAAAUGGGAACGUAUGAGUUCAGAAAAGAAUAUGAGGACAAUUAUUAUGAGGAUAUAGGGUAGAGAUUGUUUUGAAAUAUUUUUUGUAUUUAUUUAUUGGGACUCAUAAAUUAGUCGCAUAGCUGAGACACACUUUCUAACAGUAGGUGGCGGUAAUGCACUUUUAAGUUUUGUUGCCAACCGCCACAGUCAUGUGACGAAAGGCUCAGCUUUGCUUUCGUUUUGGUGAAAAUUGGAGUUAAGUUUCGCUUUGUCCCGUCAGCCUCAUGUUGAAGCAAGAUGGCGGACGUGGACGACUCCGAGCUGUCUCUGCUCAGCCUGAGCGACGAGCUUACCUGCUGUAUCUGCCUGUGUACUUUCGACAGCCCGGUGACAAUCCCUUGUGGCCACAACUUCUGCCAGGAGUGCCUCCUCUCCACUUGGACGGAAACCUACAGCUGUCCGCAAUGUCGGACCCACUACCCCACCAAGCCGGAACUGAAGAAAAACACUGUCCUCAGCGCCGUGGUCGAGACCUUUAAACUGCGGUCGACCAAGGGCGAGGCGGAUGCGUCCGCUUCCGGAAUGGCGCCGAGCAAAGCGGCCGCAGGUGAAGCCAUACGCUGCGAUACGUGUAUGGAAGCAAAGGCGGUCAAGACGUGCCUGACCUGCAUGGCCUCCUAUUGCGACCAGCACCUGCGGCCGCACCGCGACAACCCGGUGUUCCGCGUCCACCAGCUGACCGAGCCCCUCAGCGACCUGUUGGAGCGCAUCUGCCCGGAUCACCACAAGCUCAUGGAGCUCUUCUGCACCGAGCACGACCGCCUCAUCUGCACCCUCUGCCUCCAGCAAGUGCACAAAACCUGCGACUUCAUCCCACCCGAGCAGCAAAGGACCAACCAAGAGUGCAACUUGAGACAGAAGUUGGGUUUCGUUGACAAGAAGGUUAAACAGAACGAGGCCGUGCUAUUUCAAAUGAGAGACAUGCAGCAAACCCUGAAGGGCAGUGCCACCGCCAAGAAAUUGGCUAUGGCUCAUCAGUAUCGACAGAUUCGAGACAUGCUGACCACUGAGGAGCGUACCGCUAUGAACGUGGUGGACCAAGAGCUGGAGUCUUCUCAGACCAAGCUCAGGGUUAUCAUGAAAAGGUUUUCUGACAAUAUUCAUAGCUUGAGCGAGGCUAAAGUGGACAUCCAGAGACUACUUGGUCAGUCACAAACAAUGGCCUUUCUGCAGGCUUCAUUUAACCUGCCCAAAGCUGCAACCUUUGAUCCUUACUCCCCUCGAAUCAACUUGGACUCCAAAAUGUUGAUAGCAACCGAGGAGUUUCCUGUUAAUCUGAAGAAACAGAUGUGUGAGAUCCUGAAUCAGCCUAUUGAUGCCAGACUACCAUUAAUUAAAACAGAGGAGGAGAAAAUCCUGACAAGACAUCCCAUAAAGGACCAUCCCCCAGCGGCGAAGGCAGUCAACGUCAAAGCUGACAAGAAGACGUCGCACAAAAAACCCAAUAAGCCCAGUCCAUUCCUGCGCGACAGCAAAGAACGGACACAAAAUUUGUCUCGUUCUCUGGAAAACCUCCUGGGGUCUGGUGGGAAAGCAAAACUCAUACCCCACCUGACUCAGACACCUUCUCAACCCAAAGAAAAAACAGAAACGAUGGACCGUCCUUCACACCAUAUCGCUGAAAAUAGACACCAUCUUCUGAUGUAUGGCACUGCACUCCAUUUUGAUCCAAAGACGGCACACAAUCGCAUCGUACUAACUGAGGGCUUCACCAUGGCAUCUGUAUCAGACCAACCUAAUCCUGCAAAGUACAACAACUGCCCCGAACGCUUCUCUGUCUGCUCUCAGGUGCUCGCCUCUCAGGGUUUCACGCAUGGGUGCCACUACUGGGAAGUCCGGAUUAAUAACAACAACUUCACUGGCGUUGGGUUGGCUUACGGUAGCAUUGACCGCAAAGGUCCCACCAGUCGACUUGGCCGCAACGCCAAGUCUUGGUGUGUGGAGUGGUUUAACAUCAAGCUGUCAGCUUGGCACAACAGCAGCGAGACUGUUGUCGACCAUACCAAUCCAAAACGCGUUGGUGUGUUGGUGGAUUGUGACUCGGGCUCUGCUACGUUCUACAAUGUAACAGAUAGAGCCUAUCCCUUCUAUUCUUUCGUGUUCCCAUUCACUGAGGCUGUAUAUCCAGCUUUCUGGAUUUUCUCCUCUGUGUCAUCCAUUUCACUGUGCAAACUGCAGGCCUGAGGAACACAUUGACAUUCGCCACACGCCAUAUAGUAGGGGUACAAUCAUAGUCAAUAGUGUGCCAAUGGAAUUUUUGGGGUAUAUCAUUAUCGCUAGUGCAUUUGUCGUUGAAUGGCCAAAGAAAAUCCUUCAGUUUCGUUAUAGGUGCCGGUGUUAGACUCAUUACAUUCAAUUUUUACAGGUAAUUCUUAAAUGCAGGGGUUAUAAGAACAUUUGAUGCUCUAACGCUAAAUUACAAACAAAGAAAAUGUAAAAAACAAAACAAAACAAAAAUAGAAUGAAGUCACUUCACACUGCAGAUGACUGGCUAAUCUUUUACAAUGCGUAGAAUACAUUACUAAUGUUGUCUUUAAAGGUUCUCUCCUAAACUCUGAUAAGACAUCUUCAGGUCACUUGUAUUGUGUGAAUCUACCCAAGUUUUUGGUUUUUGCUACCUGGCAAAACCAAGCAGCAUUUACAGCAGAACCUCAAAAGUCGAUCACCUUCCAUUCAGGGACAUUUGUCAACUUCCAAUUUGUUUGACCUUCUAAGCAAAAAUUCCCAUCAAUUAUAUUUGGAAUUUAAAAUCAAUCAUUUUCUGUAGCACUCAUUCGAGUGGAUGAUGAGCUGGAGCCUAUCCCAGCUGAGUUUUAGUGAGAGGCUGUCUUGUGAGGCACACUGAUGGCUUGUGUAAUAUGCUAAUGUCACACAUUAUUGCAGUCAACAUUCCAAGGCAGCGUUUUCCUGAAAAGUUUAGUCGCCCUCUAAAUUGUAUUUGUAUAUAAAAAUAAAGCACAGUAUACAGAGAAAAUAUCUACAAAAUAUUAAUUUAAUUUAAUAAAAAUAUAUUAAAUAAAACACACAAUGUCUUAUAGCCUACCAAUCCAUACUGACAGUAUGCUGUACCAGAGGGCCGCUGAAUGGGGCCGACAUGUACAAAAGUGUGCUUAUUGAUUGAAAGUUGUUCUCUAUCUCUUUGGGAGUGGCUAUAUUUGACUUAGGGGUAAAAUUUAAUACACUGCUACAAUGCUGUAAAUGUUUGCUCGAGCAAUAUAAUUCACUCUUUUGAAUUGUGUUUGGUUGAAUUUCUUUUUCUGCGUCAAUUCUGAUUUGAAAUGUUGUACUUAAAAUAAUUUGUGGUUCUUAAGUGACGUUUUAAGCAAGUCUAUGUUAUUAUAUUUUCUGGCUGCCAAUUGUGUGAGUCUGUUUGGUGUUGUAUAAUUUGCAUUACUAAUCAUCAUUUCAUAUCUCUUAAAAGGCUUUCUCAUCGAUGUUAUAUGCUUUUGCAUUGUCAUCACAGUGCAAGCAAUGUAUAUUGAUUAUAAUUGGAAAAAAUAAAGUUUCAUAUGAUUA